GAAGACGAGCCAAGGGUGACCACCGCCAUUAAUCUUCGCUUCCCGUUUGAUUGAAUACAGAAUCUCUAUAUUCUCCAAUUCUUUGUUCAAGCUCCAGGUGACCGAGCUCUAGUUUUGUGAAGCAGCGGCAAUCCAGUUGAUGACUAGGAUCAUCAAUUUGUUUAUCCGCUCAAUAAAUUUGUGACUUAAUGGGUAAGAAGCGAAAACAUACCGAAGUGGUUGCUGUCCCCGAGAAGAAAAAUGAUGCUGCUGAAGAGAGACCUCAGCGAACACUUACGGGAUGGAAGGAUAAAGUUGAGGAAAAAGAAACUGAUUCUGUAAUAUUCAGAAAUAAGGAAAAGGUUUUGGUUACUUGUUCCCGCAGGAUUAGUUACAGGUAUCGACAUCUGAUGAUGAAUGUGAUAUCGCUAUUGCCUCACUGUAAGAAGGAUAACAAGGUUGAAUCAAAACAGAGCAAAGGAGCAACUUUGAAUGAGCUCGUAGAUCUUAAAGGAUGUUCUUCAGCUCUGUUCUUUGAGUGCAGAAAGCAGAGAGAUCUUUAUUUGUGGAUGGCAAAGAGUCCUGGUGGCCCUUCUGUGAAAUUCAUAGUGAAUGCUGUUCACACCAUGGAAGAACUGAAGCUUACAGGAAAUCAUUUGAAAGCUUCACGUCCUAUUUUGACAUUUUCAACCAACUUUGAUAGCUCUCCUCACUGGAAACUCAUUAAAGAAAUUAUUAUGCAGAUAUUUGGAACCCCAAAGGAUCAUAGGAAGUCUAAACCGUUUCACGAUCAUGUGUUUGUCUUCUCCAUUCUUGAUGACCAUAUUUGGUUCCGUAAUUACCAGAUAUCGGCUCCACACAGUGAAAUCGACAAAGUUGAUCGGGGUGGUUUGGAUAAAAUGACCCUUGUAGAGACUGGUCCUAGAUUUUGCAUGAAUCCAAUCAAGAUAUUUGGGGGCAGCUUUGGGGGGCCGACACUCUACGAGAAUCCAUACUAUGUUUCUCCAAACCAGAUUCGAGCACUAGAGAAAAGAAAGAAGGGUAGUAAAUUUGCGAUGAAAGUUAAAGCUAAGAUUAGGAGAAAGCAACAUGAGGACGCAAAUCCUCUUGAGCGAGACGAAUUUGCAGAUAUGUGGCAGGAUUGAUGAAACCCAAUUGCCUUCAUCGGACUCUUUUUAUUUCUUCCUAGAACCAAGUGGUCUCAUGAUUUUCGCAACACCCCGAACUAGCACACUUUUUUGUUAUUGUUUUGAUAGUUUGAAUCGAUGUAGCAUGUAUUGAAUUACCUUUUUAUUUGCUAUGUCUUGGUACCUUUUAUUGUAUUGCACUAUCUUCCUUUUUGUUAGAAUCAUUUGGAUGAAAACCUUAGCUUCAUGUCUCAGUGAUUUUGUUUUUCUUUAGUGUUUAAAAAAAAAUUAUUUUGCUUCC